GGUCAAGAUUUGAGCUCGGGAACAACCAUUUGAUGCCAUCCGACGCCUCUGCCUCGGCGGGAAAGCAGAACAGAGAGAGAGAGAGAGAGAGAGAGAGAGAGAGAGGGAGGUGGGGAAAGAGAGAGGAGAAAAGAAAAUCGAAAAGAGGAGAGGCUGAAGCCAAAGUUCAAUCAUGACCGACUCAGAAGAACUGGAACCGCUAUUCGAUUAUAGCCGUGUUCAGCCCGUCGACGUAUGCAUUGAUGAUGAUUGUUCAGAUUCAUCCCCGCCUUUUUCCCCCAAGCGAAGGAAGCUUUUGAAUCCUGCUGUUGAGAAGGAAAAAGAGAAUAAAGUGGUACCGAUUAUUGAUUGCGAAGAGAAGGAAAAGGAAGAGGAUGAUUGGCUACCUCCUCCUCCUCCUCCUCCACCCAAGGUUUCCAAUGAUACGUGGAAGUUCAUUGAGGAUUCAACCAUAAAGGAGUUGAGGUUAAAGAAGCAGGAGCUGGUAUCAUUUGCCAAGUCAGCUCAGGAAGUACUACGAUCUGUAGAAGAGUCUGUGAAAAAAGAUUUUGAUACUUCCAUGCAGAUGCAGCCUACAGUGGAUAAUGUUACUGAUCAGUCAUCAAAGGUUCCUUUUGAUAGAGCUAAGAUAGUUAUUUCCAUCCAAGACAAGGAAGGACUCAAACAAUUUCGGGUAUAUAAGGAUGACAAGUUUGAGAGGCUCUUCAAGAUGUAUGCUGAGAAAAAUAAGCUUGAUUUGCAAAGAUUGAUCUUUUGUUUUGAUGGGGAUAGAGUUAUCCCAACAGCAUCUCCAGAUGGCCUUGGGAUGGAGGACGAUGACAUUAUUGAAGUGCACAUCAAGUCAAAUUGAUGCAAACAAUAGGUUUUUGCCCUAUGCUUCCGAACUUUACUUUGGCUGGCUUUUGGGAGCUGCAUAGUUUAUUUAUUUUGUUGAACUCUUUUCUAUUUCCGAGAGAGAGAGAGAGAGAGGUUGGCUACUGUUAGCACUUGGUUAGGGGGGGGGGAGAUCAGGAGCCUCUCACAAUAUUUGGCAAGGAAUUACAAGUUGGUUUGUUUUCUGGGAAUGUGCGCGACCACCGUGAAAUGGUGUUUGUAUAGGGUAGGUACACCUGCCUGCCCUAUCAGGCUACCAAUUUUAGUUUGUGGGCGGGACUCUUUCUCAAGUUGUGUUGCUAAAUGUCUCUUUUAGCUUUAAUCGUGUUUAGAACUUGUCAAUGUUUUGGCCUCUUGUUGUACAGCUUCAAAGGGGGCUGCCUGCCUAGUGCCUUGGUCACUUACAGAUGGUGGUUGCAAGGCAUGCUAGUUUUAAUUUUUGAAAAGAAAAACAUGUUAACUGUGUUGAGUUUUGAGCUUCUAUGGAGGUCAUAACCAUAUUGGCAUGGAUGCCAAUUUCUUCUAUUCUCUGUAUAGUUGCUGCUGCUGCUGCUGGACUUGUGGCUUGUUCCAUUUACAUUCAGGUGGAGAUUAAAGUUGUGUUUGUUUCCAUGUAAAAUGUUUUACACAUUAUUUUUUAGUUUUUAUUUUUAUUUUUUUA